GUUUCCUGUCGACAGAAGAUUCUGUGAUUCCAGCAAAUGCUGGAUUGAAAGACCAGCAACUGGCACUGAAAUGGGUUCAAAACAACAUUGGUGUUUUUGGCGGAGACCCAUCUAAAGUUACCAUAAUGGGUCAGGGUUAUGGAGGAUUUUCAGUUGGUUAUCAUAUCCUGGACAAAAAAUCUGAAGGGUUAUUCAGGGGCGGCAUAAUUCAAAGCGGUUCACCUUUAACGUGUUUUGCUUUGCAAAAAUAUCCAAAAUAUGUUACCUACGAACUUGGUUCCAGGAUUAGUAAAGAAAUUGAUCACACGAAAUCCUCCAAGCAACUCCUUGAAGUGUUACAAAGUGCAUCUCCCGAAGAUAUUAAGAAAAACGCCUUAUUCGAGUUGCCUGCCGAUAAACUCAACUGCAUGAAACAUUCUUCAGGAGCAUGGAGUCCUGCGAAGGAAGAUGAGAGUUUUGAAAACGCUUUGGUUACUGGCAUGAACCAUGAAAAUAUCAAAAAUGGUAAUUCAAAUAAAAUUCCCUUGCUAAUCGGAAUAAACUCUGAAGAAGUUUUGACUUUUGGUAUUGUUGGACUGGACUCAUUAGGAGAAAUGUACGAUGAUAAUAUAACCACAAUGAUAACUGGAAAUUUGAAUAUCAAGGACGAGAAUAAACGACCUGCUGCCACCAAGCUAAAGGGUCUCUAUACAAAUGGCAACUUGAAAGAUGAUAUACCUGCUGUGAUAUCU